AUGUCACGCCGUCACGAAAAAGGUAUCUCCUCUACCCUGGACGGGUGUGACAUUUCCAUAGCUGCACCUCUCGGCGACGAUUGGGACUACGUGAAUGUUGCACGCUGGACAACGUGGAACGGCGGAAUCUUCUGCAACGUCGUCGACAAGGACGUGACGCAUGUACUCGCUACGCCUGAGCAGUACGAAGCGAAGAUCUCUACCAUCCAGCAGGCUAUCAAGUUCAAGGCACACAUUGUGACCAAGGACUGGUUCGAGGACUCGCUCCGUAAGAGGCGACACUUGAAUGAGGAAGAUUACUCCCUCGAGAAUAUCGACAAGGAAGAUAAAGCUAAGAAGGAACGUGAGGCGAAGGCGCAGAAAGGGAUUAAAGAGGCCGAGUCCUUCGUUAACACAAACCUCCAUCACAUCUAUAGAGAUGAUACCUAUUUCGCCUACGAGAUCACCUUGACUCGUAACGACAAGGAGAGUGGAAAUAUCGGUCAGAAGUACCAGCUCUAUCUCUGGGAAUCUAACGCUAAGCCGCACCUUUAUAUGUUCGCGGCCAAAUUCUACAAGAAGCCUCGCGACAGCCGCCCUUCGAUCUACCGUCCGCGGGAGACCGGCGUGUGCCUAGAGAUGGCAUUGAGAGACUUCGUGGUGUUCUUCUACCAAAAGACCGGAAUCCACUGGAACAACCGCAUCGUCAAAGCGGGAACUACGGACAAGAGCAAGUUCCAGUACAAGCCUCCCACCGGCGGAAAGCCAGUGGGCACCCUCUAUAACCUGGCUCCUGAGAGCUUGUCCGUUGUCGGCAACGGCACUAACUCCGCGUCGGCAGCGGAUUCAACUUCGAGCACUAAGAAGGACCAGAAGCAGGCACUGCCUGAUAAAGCUGUCAGCCGCAAGCGCAAGAGCUCCGAGGAGCCUGUCCAGCGCACCGGCGGCGAGAAGCGACAGCGCCGGGAGAAGGAGAAGGCGAAGGUGAAGGAGGACGACAAGAAAAAGGUCGAGAAGGAGAAGGUGAAAGAGAAGAAGGAGGAAGAGAAGCCGAACUAUGAAAACUCGGUUUCCUCUCGAACGCGCGGCAAGACCGCGGCUAACAACAAGAAGAGAGCUCGUGCCUGCGAGGACGACGACGACCUUGCCGUCGAGCGUCACGAGACGGCCAAGCGCCAAAAGGUCAAGGGAGCUGGUCCCAACGAGGCGAGUCAGGGAGAACAGCCUGAGAUCAGCAACCUCUCGGCGGUAGUCCGCGCUAUGAAAAAGACUCGUAGCCGAAAGGCGUAG